UUUUUUGCUGUCAUUCUUGACGUAAUGAAAGACGUGUCCUUGACAGUUCGGAAACAAACAAAAUUGUAUUUAAAAUGUUCAUUUUAGCAGAGAUGAAAAAUGUUACUAGGAUUCCACCUGAACUUUUUCACCUAAAGCUGAACGAUGCCAUUGCUGGUGAACUAAACAAAAAAUUAGCAAACAAGGUUGUACUAAAUGUAGGCCUCUGUAUAGCCUUACAUGAUAUAGUGAAUCUACAAGAAUCAUAUAUAUUUCCUGGAGAUGGUGCUUCUCAUACAAGGGUGAUAUUUCGCUAUAUAGUAUUCAGACCAUUCAUAGAAGAGAUUCUUGUGGGGAAAAUCAGAAGUUGCAGCCAAGAAGGUGUACAUGUGACGCUAGGCUUUUUUGAUGACAUCCUUAUACCGCCAACAGCACUGCAGCACCCUUCUAGGUUCAAUGAAACUGAGCAGGCAUGGGUGUGGGAGUAUGAUACUGGAGAUGGAAGCAAGCAUGAUUUGUUCAUGGAUGCAGGGGAAACAAUUAGGUUUCGGGUGACAGCGGAAACCUUCCAUGAUACUUGCCCAGCAGGACCAACUUUGAAAGAAAAUCAGGAUAACCCAGAGAACAGAGUUUCUUAUAGCUUACAGAUAAUUUGACAAACACUCAAAAAGAGGCUCGUGUCGAUUGCUGCAAACAGAUGCUCGAAAAAUACAACGGCGGUGCUUCGAAAUACGUGUAUAAGAUUGUAACAGGUGAUGAAUCAUGGAUCUAUGAGUAUGAGCUGGAAAAGAAACAGCAGUAGUCUGUAUGGGUGCUUCAAGACAAGCCAAAUCCGACAAAGGUUCGUUGCGCACGAAGCACUUCGAGACAAAUGGUCGCCUGUUUUUUAGAAAAAAACUGGUCAUGUGGCAACAGUACCUUUAACCACCAAUCGCCAAAUCAUUCUUCAUCAAGACAAUGCGAGCUCUCACGUCUCUCGUGAAACAAUGGACUAUUUGAGCACUCAGAAUAUUGAUUUAAUGGUUCAUCCUCCAUACAGUCCCGACUUGGUACCCAGUGACGUCUUUUUGUUCCCGUACGAUGACAAUAAAUUAUGUGGACGACGAUUUUUGUCGGCAGAAGAAGCUAUUGAUGAGUUGAUAGUCUAUUUUGGAAAUAUCUCAAGCAGAGUGAAAAAUGUGUCAUGGAAAAUGGUUCGAACGCAUUAAAAAGUGCAGGAUCAUAAUGCAGAAUAUAUUGAAAAACAGUAAAGUGAUUU